CGUUAGUCUAGUGCGGCGCAAUUUACAGCAAAAUCCUACUCAUAUUACGAUAAAGUUAGAUAUACUGUUGCCCGCAUUAUUUCGCAGUGUAUUUGUGUUGGGUGUAUGGUAAAUAUCAAAGUAAUCGCGUCAUACACCCAGUCCUAGUUUUCUGGGCGUUUGAAAUCGGACACCGCUAUAACGUCUCCCCUCCGCGCGGAGGGAUACACUGUUGGGGCUGACAAUGUGGACGGUGCUAAAAUGUCUCCUCGGAAAAUGAGAUGUUACAUUUGUAGCGCUCGAAAAAAUUAGAUUAGAACUUUAGGCAGAGCUACAUUUGAGCGCAGUUACAUUGUAACAACUCUCGACGUGGACUGUUCGCGUUUCCCGAGAAAUUGGACGCGUUUUGCACCGUGAAUUAGCGGGACCUGAGGCGCGGAGGGGGGGGGAAUUUUGUCCCCCAACUUUUCUGUUUUUCCUCUCGGGCUGAAGCGCGUUUCUCUCCCGCUGGAUGCCGCGCGCUUGACGCGAGGAACGGAUCAUAAACCUGUUUGAGCUGAAAGAGACGUCGAGCGAGAGAAGCAGAUCAAGAACACACAGGAUCAGGAUCAGGAUGGCGACAGCGGGGACCGACAUGGAGCUGAACGACCUGCUGGAUUUCAGUGUUAUGUUUCCUCAUCCGAUGUCAAACGGGAAGAACCGAGGCCCUACUUUACCCAGCAGUCAGUAUGGUUUAGAUGAAAGAAGUGGCUCCGGCUCUUGGGCUUCAGGAGAAGCGAACGGUCCCGCAUUCGGCGCACGGCUGUAUGGAGACGGUCCUCACUACCCUGAACACGACGGCAUGUACAACUUAGAGAUUGACGGUGAGUUAACGCACAGCUUGGAGUUCAGAACAUUUACCAGCAGAAUUUCACAUCAGUUUUGAUACCAGCUUCUUUAAUUUAGGCUAUUAGGAGGUGAGU